AUGGGCCUGAUCUGGCUCCUGCUUCUCAGCCUGCUGGAGCCCGGCUGGCCCGCUGCGGGCACCGGGGCGCGGUCGCCGAGGGAUGCGGGCGGCCGCGGCGGCGUCUACGAGCACCUCGGAGGGGCGCCCCGGCGCCGCAAGCUCUACUGCGCCACCAAGUACCACCUCCAGCUGCACCCGAGCGGCCGCGUCAACGGCAGCCUGGAGAACAGCGCCUACAGUAUCCUGGAGAUAACAGCAGUGGAGGUGGGCAUCGUGGCCAUCAGGGGGCUCUUUUCUGGGCGGUACCUGGCCAUGAACCGGAGGGGACGGCUCUACGCCUCGGAGACCUACACGGCCGAGUGCGAGUUCGUGGAGCGCAUCCACGAGCUGGGCUACAACACGUACGCGUCCCGGCUGUACCGCACGGUGCCCGGCGGCCCCGGGGCCCCGCGCCAGCCCAGCGCCGAGAGACUGUGGUACGUGUCGGUGAACGGCAAGGGCCGGCCCCGCAGGGGCUUCAAGACGCGCCGCACGCAGAAGUCCUCCCUGUUCCUGCCCCGCGUGCUGGACCCCAAGGACCACGAGAUGGUGCGGCUGCUCCAGGGCGGCGCUGGGCUCCGCGGCCGUGUGCCCAGGCCACCGGGCAGGGGCCCGCGGCGCCCGCGGCGGCGGCGGAGGCCGCGCUUAGCCGCCCAGGCCAGCGGAGUGGCUCGGCUUCAGCCUUACGACGGCGGCGCAGCGGCAGGCGCGGACCAGCCAGUGCCCGAGUGUCCCGUCCGAGCUGACCGCCCGCGCUCGGCAGGUUCCCGUGACUGA